AUGCAUCAAUAUUCAAGUGUUGAUGUUAUAUGUUUGGAUGAUCAACAAUUUAAGAGUGAAAAUGUAAUAAUAAAUCUUUUACUAAUAACGGAAGAUAAUGAACAAAAAAAAUAUGCUAUAUUAGUUAAAAAUGGUGCAUCGACGAUAUUAACAAUUCCUUUGGAUGAUUCAUUUGAAAAUAUUCGUUCUGGUUUAACGGGUAUUGUUAUUACUCUACCAAAACAAAAAUAUCGUUCAUAUUUACUCAAAUUUUCUAAUCAAGAAGAUGGAACCAAUUUUAAUAAACUUCUUUUGUCAAUCAAAUCAGGUAAAAGUAUUGAAGGGAAUGCCUCAUGUCAAUUCGAUGAACGCACAGAAGAAUCAUCAGCAGUACAAUAUUUUCAAUUUUAUGGUUAUUUAUCACAACAACAAAAUAUGAUGCAAGAUUAUAUACGUACAUCGACUUAUCAACGAGCUAUUCUUGAUAAUUCAAUUGAUUUUGCUGGAAAAAUUGUACUUGAUGUUGGUGCCGGUUCAGGUAUUCUUUCUUUUUUUGCUGCUCAAGCGGGUGCACGAAAAGUUUAUGCUGUUGAAGCAAGUUCUAUGGCCCAACAUGCUAAAACUCUUGUUGAUAACAAUCAUUUAAAUAAUUGUAUACAAGUAAUUGCUGGUAAAAUCGAAGAAAUCAUAUUACCAGAACAAGUUGAUGUUAUUAUAUCGGAACCAAUGGGUUAUAUGUUAUAUAAUGAACGUAUGUUAGAAACAUAUUUACAUGCAAAAAAAUGGCUUAAACCAAACGGUAAAAUGUAUCCAACAGCAGGUGAUCUUUAUGUAACACCAUUUACAGAUGAAGCUUUAUAUAUGGAACAAGUUGGUAAAGCUAAUUUUUGGUAUCAACAAUCAUUUUAUGGUGUUGAUUUAACAACAUUACGUGAUUUAGCAUUAGAUGAAUAUUUUAAACAACCAAUUGUUGAUAAUUUUGAUAUACGAAUUUGUUUAGCACGACCAAUUAAAUAUUCAGUCAAUUUUUUAACAGCAAAUGAAGAAGAUUUACAUGAAAUAAAUAUUCCAUUAUCAUUUCAAAUGACAACAGCAGCUGUUAUACAUGGUUUAGCAUUUUGGUUUGAUGUCUCAUUUAAUGGAACAAGUUCACAAGUAUGGUUAUCAACUGCACCUACACAACCUUUAACACAUUGGUACCAAGUUAGAUGUUUAUUUAUGAAACCACUUACUGUUAAUUUAGGAACAACUAUUAAAGGUCAUGCUAUAUUAAAUUCAAAUAGAAAACAAAGUUAUGAUGUUGAAAUAUUUCUUCAAAUUGAUGGUACAACAAUAUCAGCUAAGAAUAUACUUGAUCUAAAAAAUCCAUACUUUAGAUAUCCCAAUCAACCGAUGCAAGUACCACCUGGGCAAUAUCAUGAAUCACCAACUGAACAAUAUUGGAAUGGAGUACAAAAUGACCAAAUGGCAUUGACUACUGGAACACUUCAAUCAAAUAUAAAUCUAUUUACUCAAAAUUGCAAUAUCAAUAAUAUGAACCCAAGUGGUGAUUAUGAUGGUACUAGAAUGAAUACUGAUGGGGGAUGGCUUUGA